CUCACAGCGGCCAUGACGCUGUGGCUACAGGUCGCUUUCUUGCUGGCGCUCGCGACAACCACCGCCGCCGCCGACCAGCCGUGCCCUGUCGGGCUGUCUGCGCCAGUGCGCGGCGCCAACCGCACACUCACAAUGCCCGACGGAUCGUCGUUCGAGGCGCAGCUGUGGAGCGACGGCUCCAGGGCGUGCCCCUGCCUGCAGCGCGGCUGCAUUCGCAAGUGCUGCCCCGCGGGCUACGUCUCCGACAUAUGGGGCGACUGCGUCCCAGUAUCGCGCAACACCACAUCCAGCCGCCUCCCUCUGACGCCAGCUCAGGAUCGCCAGUCUUCCGACAAACACUUGCCCAGACUGGAUGCGUUCGUUCCGAAACUGGUUUCACUCGUGGAGCGAUUGCAGAACAGUUCCGGCGGCAAUGUUACCACGCCAAUGGAUAGCUCGGGGGGUGUCCGAAAAGAUGAAGUGAUCAGGAACCUUUCGAGCGCAUUACUAAAGUGUCUUCCGGCCGCUCCCGAUGUCGAUUCUGGUAAGAGGCGCCUCUCCAGCGACGACUGCGCACUACUCUCCACGACAGCCGACGGGCAGCUGUCGACUGUCCGACUGCGAGAAGCCGUGAGGGCGCUGUCGACUGAACUGAGCAAUGUUUACCCGACCGCCGCCGACGCAGACAGUGCAGGAGUCGGCGAACUUGUCGACGAACUGAAAGAAUAUCUUGCGAACAUUUCAACGGAACUCUCAGAGAAUAAUACGGAAGUCGUUGACGAUAAGGAGCGCGUCCCCGGCGCUGUCGAGACGCUGCUGUCCUUGAUAGCCGACAAGACGCAGGCACCGUUGCGGGAUAUGUUCGUCCUGUACGGCACGGCGUGCCCCUGCAACCGGUACGAAGUCGACGACGCGUUCGAGAUGCUAGACAACGGCACGCUGACGUUCGAGUCGUUCAUGGUGCCGGCGAGCGACUACUGCUUGGACGAGACGGUGGGCGGCAACCUGACACUUUACCUGUGCUUCCCCGAGACGGAGUGCCCUCUGGAGGAGAAGGACGCGCUCUUCUUCUACCCGGCGGGCACGGUGCUGUCGCUGCCCUUUCUGGCCGCCACGUUCAUCGUGUAUGCGCUCUUCGAGGAGCUCCGCAACCGGGUGGGCACGGCGCUUAUGUGCUACGUGGCCGCACUCUUCGUCGCCUACGCGCUGCUAGCAGCCGUCCAGAUCAGUUUGGGAUACGUGAGCAUAGCCUUCUGCCUCACCGCAGCCUUCAUCAUCUACUUUUCAUUCCUGGCAAGUUUCUUCUGGCUCAAUGUAAUGUGCUUCGACAUCUUUUGGACAUUCAGUGGAUUCCGAUCAUUGCGUGGGACAGCCAGAGAAAGGGAGCACAAGAAAUUCAUCAUCUACUCUAUAUACUCAUGGGGCUGCCCUCUAAUUUUGCUAAGUGUGACACUUGUUAUGCAGUUCCACAAUGACAUUCCUGAUGGUUUACUGAGACCACAGUUUGGUGUGAAGAGAUGUUGGUUUCCUGAUGACAUUACAAUCCUGGCAUACUUUUAUGGACCUGUUGGGGUGCUGGUUCUGUGUAACAUUAUCUUGUUCAUUUUAACUGCCAUCAGAAUUGCACAGCUCAAAAGAGAAACAGCUAUGCUGAAAGGCACUGAUUCAAGACGACAUGAUGAUGACAACAGACAGAGGUUUAAUUUGUACCUGAAGCUUUUCCUCGUCAUGGGUGUGAAUUGGUCAAUGGAAGUAAUAUCAGGGUUGGUUGGUGGACCUGAAUAUGUGUGGUAUGUAACUGACAUCUGCAACACACUGCAGGGUGUGCUCAUAUUCGUUAUAUUCGUCUGGAAAGACCGUAUUCGUCGUAUGCUUAUGGAAAAAUUCUGUCCAAAGAGGGCUUCAACUAAACUCAGCAAGUCAACUGUGGUGACCUACUCAACAAGAGCCAGCCCAUCUCGCUUGUCACAUGGAGUACUAAACAAUAAAGUUACAGACAACAGCAAUGGAGAUGUUGUAAAAAUCACAGCUGUUACACCCAUCUCCGAUGACAGUGAUGUGCCCUGAAAGUAAAAGGCUGAAUAAAUAAUUGCAGUGGUGCCUAUAUUUGCAAUUCUGGGAUUUUUGCAAUGAUGAAAUGUUGCUUCUGACAGGUUCUUGUAAGAAAGGCGACUGUGAAAAAGUGGAGAAACUAAUUCUCUAAGUAAGGAAAAACAAACUGUUGGUCAAUAAAAGAAUCCAUGCAUAAA